AUGGCUGAGCAGGAAGAACCUCCCACACCGAGGAGCUUGUCUCUUCUAUCUUUUCAGACAGCUCUUUGCAUCGUCCCGCCGCGACACCUAUGGAAGGAUAUCGACCGCCUUAGGUCUCUAUAUGACCAGGCUUAUGGGAGAUGGCCCCCGCAUAUCAACCUUAUUUAUCCCUUUGUACCGACAGAUAGGCUACCGGAUGUCUCUAGAUUGAUACAGGAGAAGCUGAACUCUCUAAGUCAAUCAUCCGAGUACCAGAAUAUCACCAUACAAUCCGGACCGGCAGGCUACUUUCGCAACCGUGGAGGCAAUACAAUCCACCUCACUGUGAUCGACCGGGCGGCGGACCAACUUCGUCAUCUCAGGGCCUCUAUUCUAGAUGCACUCGGCCACCAUGGUCAAGAAGAGCGAGAUUACUGUCCACACCUCACCAUCGGCCAGACAAAGGCAGAUGUGGACUUGCGUGACUUUUUACUUGACAAAACUAACAUGCUCCCCGCUGCUCAAUGGGAUCUUGACCAUCUAGUGGUUCUGCAUCGUGAAAAGGGCUUUGGCGGAAGUUCAGCGAGCAAAAUGGUCAUUUGGGAUGCCAUCGACCUAUCCGGCAAUAAUAUGUCAACUUCUGAUGAGCUUACCCGGUUAUAUAGCGGAAUGUCUCUUCAUGGUCUGAAUGCAGAAAUCGAUGAAUCGAAAUCAUCCACUGAACAAAUGACGACGUACGAGUAUUCACCUGGUGGCCGUUCAUGGUGUCCUAUAACGGAGCCACCUCUGGAGCCAGUGAAGGUGCGGAGUAACAACUUCACCGUCUCAACAUACAAUGUUUUGGCAGAGUUUACCAGCUCCCCUCCUCGUGACAGAUAUGAGGCCCUGGUCCACAAUAUUCUUUCUUCAAACGCAUUGGCAGAUGUUCUGGUUCUCCAGGAAGUUUGUGACAAUUUUCUUCUCUUUCUGCUUUCUCAUCAAGACAUCCAACGUCGAUAUCCUUUUGUCACUCAUGGUCCGCCGGGUCAGGGGGGUUCUCCUCCUCUUCCCAGUCUUCGGAAUAUCGUUGUUUUCUCACAGUGGAGGUUUACUUGGGCAUGGCUGCCAUUUGAUGAACGCCACAAGGGUGCAGCUGUCGUAAAAAUCGAUGGAAUUGGGGAUUUACAGUCCUCUCUACCCCUAGUAAUUGUUGCUGUUCAUCUAACCUCAGGGUUGAAUGAUGCUGCAGUUGACAGUAAACUGUCACAGGUAACAAGCAUCAUUCAUCUAUUGGAUAGUGACUAUCACAGUAACCCUAGUGUUGUUGCAGGCGAUUUCAACUUCGUUACUUCACAAGAGGUUAUUGAUGAAGCCCUCAGACUCAAGAUGAUCUCCCCUGCUGGUCUCGAGAAGAUACUAGGCUUCGAUUGCUUGCUAUCCAAGGCCCAUUUCAUGGACGGAUGGGUUGUAGCCGGCGAAGGACCUGAAGACGCUGGCAUUAAUGGCAGGACCGGUGAAGGUGAACAGGGAGCGACAUUUGACCCCAUUUUGAACCCACUUGCAGCUCAAUAUUCGGUCAAUGGCAGACCCCAAAGAUAUGAUAGAAUCUUUGUUCGCCAAACCGGUAAAACCAGUGUUACUGGCUUCAACUUCUUUGGCCUACGCCACGCUCUUAAAGGAGAGGAUAUGCAAAUAUCCGAGUUUGCGAGUGAUCAUUGGGGAAUUAGGGCCGGUGUUCAAAUAGGUGAGAGCUUGACCGAGAGCAAAUCCAGUGAAUCGGUCUCCCAGGAAGCUCCGCUGCAACUGGCUAGUUUACCGGAUCCUUUGUCUUCUUUAGAUGAAAUAGUAUCGUCUUUGGAGCAUUCCUCAAUGCUACCUGGCGAAGAAGACUUUAAAACUCGAAAAACAGCCGUUGAUACCCUGUCUCAAAUCCUAACGGAACCAAUCCAUGACUCUAGCGGUAGAGAUAUCAAAACACCACUCGUUUUGAUUCCUGUUGGAUCCUAUGGCCUGGGCACUUGGGGUCCACGUUCAGAUGUUGACUGCUUGUGCAUUGGUGCCAUUAGUUCUACCACGUUCUUUGCCCUUGCAAUACAGAGGCUAAGAAAAGCAUCUGCUCUGGGCAUUCGUAUAGUGAGGAAGGUCAAGGCUGCAACAGGAGUAAUGCUGGAGUUGCAAUCGGGACAUAUCAAACUCGAUCUACAAUACUGCCCGGCCGCAAACGUUGCUGAAAGAUGGCAGGAAAUCUCUAGGAUCCCAUCUCAUGAUCCAAUAUUCGACUUGUCACUUCACUCCUUGUCAAAACUUCAGCCGUACAGAGACCAGGAGUAUAUCAAGCGAAUGGUACCGGACAUGUAUGUGUUCCGCCUUGCUUAUCGGUGCAUUGUCCAGCGGGCCAAAUCGUCGGGAGUUUAUUCUUCCAAAUUUGGCUUACUAGGGGGUAUUCAUAUCACCAUGAUGCUUUCACAGCUUCACCAACUUGUUCAUGAAAAAUUUGGCCGAGUCACGGUUCCGGAGCUGGUUUCCAUGUUCUUUCAUUAUUAUGCACAUUUUGACUGGAAGAACAACAUGGUAGUCAGUCCAGGCGUUCAGACGAGAUAUCGUCGGUCAUUAAGAGAACCAAUGGUGAUACUAACUGUUCACGUACCUACGAUUAAUGUCGCUAGAGCUGUGACUGCGCCGUCUCUAAGAACGAUUGUUUCUGCAUUUAAUCGAGCGGAAGAGCUUAUGGGUGAAGAUGGAGCAAGGUGGUCCAAUAUCCUAAAUGAUAUCAGCAUCAGUCACAAUAACCAAACAGGCGCUGAAAAGUUCCUGACAGCUUACAACAGCUACAUCAAGGUCAAUGUGCAGUACUGGGGCCCUUCUCCGACUCAAGCGAGUUCCCUCAUCGGCUGGCUUGAGUCCAGAUUCUUCCGUCUGCUCAACGAUCUCGACAGACAAGCUCUGGGUAUCCAUGGGCGUAUUUGGCCUGCUCGGUUCACAUCAAUAGACACCACCGACAGCGAGAAUGAUGGAGAGACUGAGUAUCAAGGCUGCUACUUAGUUGGGCUGGAACGAAUGUCAGAUGCCGUGAGUACGGUAGCUAAUAAAGAGGAAGCCCUGAGGAUUCUACAAACUGCUAUUAGCCAGUUCACAGCCAGCUUACACGAAGAGGACAAAUAUUUUGACUCUACUGUCUGCUGGAUUGAUGCCACUCUUGUCAAACAAGCCGAACUAGGUGAACUCAAACUUGACUUAAGAAACUGGGGAGGGCAGGCAGGAGUGGAUCAGAUGGUAUCCGAUUUCUCAGAGGAUGAUGACGAAGCUGACGAUCCUGACGAAUUACUGGAGGAGGGCCAACUUAGCGAUAGAUCGAAACUGCAUUCCAAGCAUGCAACUUUGUCGUCCAAACCAGUUAGCGCCAACAAACUCCGGCCAGCAGGAGACGUCAUCAGCCGUCUGCGUUGGGAUCCUAAGAUCGAUUUCGGAGAUUACCUAGUAGGUUACGAGGAUCGCUUUUUGGGCGUGAAGGAAAUGCCUCUCUCAAGAUGGAAGUCUGAGCAGACGGACGAAGAGUUCAUUCCCCAGCACCGAAUCGUCUAUUUCAAGAGGAAGAGUGACGGAAGACGAGUCUGGGAUAGGGAAACAAGGAAAGACGAGAUUUUUGGGAGCGGAGCUGGUGGAUGUGACUGA